UUCAAAACGGUUCAAUAUAUCAAGAAAAUUUAUUCAAAAUAUAUUAAAGCUUUAAUAAACGCUUCCAGUUGGAAAAUGUUAGCGACUGCAGUGCGUGCACAAAUCAGCGAAUCUUCGCUCGGACGUUGGCCGUAUAAUUCCCGACUUUUUCGUUGGCUUGUCAAAGAAUUUCCAAAGCAAACAACACAAAUCACCCACAACUAUGCCACCGAGGCGUCAAUAGAUUUAAAAAAUGCUUACAAAUGCAUACGUCUGGAAACAUCUCCCCCUGAUUCCAUUACUAUCGAUAAGGAACUGGUGCAAAAUAUGUAUAAAAAAAUGGUGAUGAUACGACGUUUGGAAACAGUUGCGAAUGCCAUGUACAAGGAAAAAAUUGUACGUGGCUUUUGUCAUCUCUACACCGGCCAGGAAGCCGUCUGUGUGGGCAUACAUUCUGCGAUGCGACCAACAGAUCAUCUCAUAACGGCUUAUCGUUGCCAUGGGUGGUGUUAUGUGAUGGGCAUCCCGCCACUGGGAAUACUCGGAGAACUGGCUGGGCGCGAGUGCGGUUGUCAGCGCGGUAAGGGCGGCUCUAUGCACAUGUACGCCAAGAGGUUCUAUGGCGGCAAUGGUAUCGUGGGCGCACAGGUACCUUUGGGCGCUGGCAUCGGUCUUGCACUUAAAAACGAAGCUAAGGGCAAUGUUUGUGUUGCGCUGUAUGGUGACGGAGCUGCCAAUCAGGGACAAAUAUUUGAAGCGUACAAUAUUGCAUGUCUAUGGAGGCUGCCAGUAAUUUUUGUUUGUGAAAAUAACGAAUAUGGCAUGGGCACUAAAAUGCAUCGCGCUUCCUGCUCCAUCGAAUAUUAUACGCGUGGUGUCCCACUACCUGGCAUCUAUGUCGAUGGCAUGGAUGCGCUCGCCAUUCGGAAUGCUACUCAAUUUGCCAUGGACUAUGUACAAAAAAACGGUCCAAUGAUUAUAGAAGCGCACUGUUAUAGAUAUUACGGUCAUUCAAUGUCAGAUCCAGGUACAAGUUAUCGAUCACGCGAGGAAGUGACAGAAAUGCGUGCCAAGCGCGAUCCGAUUUCAUUAUUGAAAGAGGUGGCCAUCUCAAACGGAUUUUUAACAGAGGAUGAGUGCAAAAAAAUAGAUGCUGACGCUAAAACAGAGCUCGAAGCAAUGGCCGAAAAGGUGAAAAAGGAUAAAGAAAUCAAAUUGGAGGAAUUGUGGGCGGAUGUAUACAUGGAGUGCAAAGAAGAAGGUGUACGCGAUACGAUCGGUGUACGACACAAGCAUUUCCGCGUCGGCAAAACUAUGGAGAAAGAUCACAUCAAGUUGAAGUCAUUCAAGCCUGAUACCAAAUUGGAACCACAGGGAAUACCGAUGGAAAUAAGAGAAUGGGAAGCACAAGUAGAAGCAAUAAAGGACGUGAGAAAUAAAGUAGCCAAAGAUGUAGAUAAGUCGAAGCCAGAGAAGAAAUAAAUGUUGUGUGAGAAGAUUGCGCGUUGGGAAUAAGGCAGAAAAAUUCGCGGACUUUAUUGAAGUGCCAGUCAUACAUGGAUAAAUUUAUAUUUGACAUAUUUUUCCAAAGAAUAAUGAUGUUUGAUGUUUGAAAAUGUACAAAUCUUUAGAAAUUAAAAUCAUAACAGGAUAAG